CAUUAUUGGCAUAAAAUUUUUUUUUUUAAUGGAUAUUAUCAUUCUUUGUUUAUUCACAUAACAAAAAUAAUUUUUCAUUAUUUAGUCAAAUUGUGAAAAUGUAAUUAAAAUUUAACAGAAAAUACAACGAAGCUUAUAAAAAAAAAAAAUAAACAAUUUAACAAAAAUGAACGAUAACUACUUUAAAGCUUUAACAACAUUCUCUCGAAUAACACUUGGAAGCUUUGGAGCGUGGCCAACUCAAAAAAAUAAGAAAUUAUCAAGAAGCUUAUUUAUUAUUAGUUUAUUAUGUGUACUUUUUGGUGUAUUUAUUCCUCAAGGCUGUAGAUUGUUUCAAGUUUGGAAAGAUUUGGAUCGUCUAACAAACGUGUUGUGUACAGCAGAAUUGCCGUAUUUAGUUGCUUUAAUAAAAAUGGUUGUACUUUAUCGCAAUAAACAAAAAAUGUCAACUCUUUACAAUUAUAUGAUAAGUGACUGGAAUAGUGAGAAAAGUAGUAAAGAAUUAAAUAUAAUGAUUAAAAGUGGUCACAAGGGAAAAAAAUUUUCAUUAAUAUGCAUAAUUAUGGGUAUUUUCACCAAUAAUUCACGUCUAAUUCAAUGGAUUCAUGCAAAUAUGUCUAAUUGGAAUAGUCCAGAACAUUUAAAAAAUUUUACACUUUAUGUUGAUUCAUAUUAUCCAUUUAUAUGGAACUAUAGUCCAACUUUUGAAAUUGUAUGCUGUUGCGAAUAUAUUGGAACAUUUUGUGCAACACUUGCUUAUGCUGGAACAGAUAGUUUCUUUAGUCAAAUAUCUUUUCAUUAUGCCGCACAAUAUCACAUCUUACGUUUAAGACUUCUACAUUUUAUUAAUAAUUUUAAUAGCUCAAAAUUGGAAUUACAAUUCAAUGAAGAAUUUGCCAACAUUAUCAACGUACAUUAUCAUAUUAAUAGUUGCAUUGAAAUCAUAGAAAACAACUUCUUUUUGAUGUUUCUCGUUCAACUACUUGCUUGUACAGUUCAAUUUUGUUUGCUAGGUUACUUUUUUAUUCUGUACAUAGGUCAAGAAAAUCCCAGUUCAAUUUUAGUAGGUAUCUUGUUUAUAGUAGUGUAUACCAUUUUUAUAAUAGGAAACUUCUACAUCUAUUGUUAUUUAGCUGAAAUGUUACAAACGGAAAGUUAUGCGUUUGCUGACGCGGCAUACGAAUGUGAAUGGUUUAACUUGCCUUCACAAAAAGCAAAAUCUCUUCUCUUAAUUAUACAAAGUGGUAAUAAACCUGUAAAAAUAACAGCGGGAAAAUUUUUCGUUUUUAACUUCAGACUGUUUAGAAAAAGGAAAAAAUUAACAAAAAUAAAUUUAAAAGAAAAAAAAUUAAUGAAGCUUACAAAAAAUAAUAAGAAAUUAACAAAAAUGGACAAUAAGAAAGAUUAUUUGGAAGUUUUUACAUUAUUCUCUCGAAUGAGUCUGAUGUCUUUUGGAUCGUGGCCCACUCAAAAAAAUGAAAAACUAUCAAGAUUCUUAUUUAUUAUUAGUUUAUUGUGUCUUUUAUUCGGUGUAUUUAUUCCUCAAGGAUGUAAAUUGAUUCAAGUUCGAGAAAAUUUGGAUCAUGUGACCAACAUUUUGUGUACAGCAGAACUGACGUAUUUAGUCUGUUUGUUAAAAAUGAUUGUACUUUAUCGCAAUAAAAAAAAAAUGACAACUCUUUAUGAUUAUAUGAAGGACGAUUGGAACACUGAUAAAAGUAAUAAGGAAUUAGAUAUAAUGAUUAAGAGUGGUCGCAGAGGAAAACGUUUUUCGUUGAUAUGCAUAGUUAUGGGUCAUGUAACCAUUAACGCUCGUUUAUUUCAAAUGAUUCAUGCAAAUAUGUCUAAUUGGAAUAGUCAAGAACAUUUUAAAAAUUAUACACUAUAUGUUGAUUCAUAUUUUCCAUUUACAUGGAAUUACAGUCCAAUUGCUGAAAUUUUAUGUUCUUUUCAAUAUAUAGCAUCGCUCUGUGCAACAUUUGCUUACGCUGGAACCGAUAGUUUCUUCAGUCAAAUAUCUUUUCACUAUACAGCACAAUAUCAUAUCUUACGUUUGAGAUUUCUAUAUCUUAUCAAUAAUUUUCAUAAUGCAAAAUUUGAUACCUUUAAUGAAGAAUUUAGUAAUAUUAUCAAGUUCCACUAUCACAUAAUUAGGUGUAUUGAAAUAAUAGAAAGCACCUUCUACAUGAUGUUUCUAGUGCAGCUUCUUGCUUGUACUUUUCAAAUUUGUUUGCAAGCUUACUAUCUUAUUUUGUACUUAACUCAUGAGAAUCGCAAUUCUAUGUUACCAGAUAUCAUUUUUAUAGUGGUAUUUUUCAUGUACAUAUUAGGAAACUUCUACAUUUAUUGCUAUUUAGCUGAUAUGUUACAAAUGGAAAGUUAUGCAUUUGCAGACACAGCAUACGAAAGCGAGUGGUUUAAUUUGCCUUCGCAAAAAGCAAAAUGUCUUCUCUUACUUAUGCAAAGUGGCAAAAAACCUAAAGAAAUAACCGCAGGAAAAUUUGUUGUUUUCAACUUUAGACUAUUUGGAAGUCUUGUUAAAACAUCAUUGGGAUAUUUGUCAUUCCUAAUAACUAUGAGAAAAAGCUAACAAUAAUACUCUUUACUGGAUGGAGAAAAAAAUAUUUGCGAUCUGGAAAAUUUUUUUUUAACUAAAUCAAAAAUGUUUUUCUUAUCAAUGUUCCGCAAUAGCACUUUGUAAAAAUAGCAGCCAAUUCGUAUGAUUAUUAUAAGAAAAAAAAAUUUUUUUCGCAAAUCGGAUAGAUAUCGCAUAAAAUAAUUUCAUAUACGACUUUUUGGAUUGGAUUUUUUGUCCUGCUUGAUCAAAAAGUCCAAACCGAAAAGCUGAAAUAAAAAAAUCAAAAGCAGAAAAUUUAAACAAUUACUUUGAAUUUAAGUAUACGAACUAGCGUCCAUUUUAAAAAGAAACCACUGCAGAACGUUGUUAAUUGAUUAAUACAUUGAGGAAAGUCGGAUAACUACGGUCCUACAUAUAAGCACAUACUUAAUUAUCUAAUAUUAUUAUGAUUUAUAAAUUUUCAAUAAUUAAUUUUAUACAAUAAGUUUAGUACUCUAACUUCAGUUAGUUUAAAGGUGGGUAUAUAUAUAUUUUUUUUUAAAUAUAAAAUUCAAAAAACUUUAAGUUGCUAGGACUA